CACUACCCUAAAAAAAAAGGUGUAGGUCCUCCCCCUGUUUCCUGCAUAGAAAAAGUGGGCGUCCACACAUUCAUUAAUCCCGCCCAUACUGAAAGGAGCAGCAAGAAGACUUACCUGUCAGUUGCAGUCAACUGUUGAAUUCAUGCGUAAUCAUCUUGAAUUUGCCAUUUGUUAGUCAGACCCCUGUCCUGACAGGAGGGAGCAUCUUGUAUUUGUUGAAGCAUGGACAGCCAGGGGAGAAAAGUGGUGGUCUGUGACAAUGGGACAGGGUUCGUCAAGUGUGGCUUUGCUGGAUCCAACUUCCCCGACCACAUCUUCCCCGCCAUGGUGGGUCGACCAAUCAUACGCUCGACCACCAAAGUUGGCAACAUUGAGAUAAAGGACCUGAUGGUGGGCGACGAGGCCAGCGAAUGCCGCUCCAUGCUGGAGAUCGCCUACCCCAUGGAGAACGGAAUGGUGCGCAGCUGGGAGGACAUGCUCCACCUGUGGGACUACACCUUCGGGCCCGACCGCCUGGACCUCGACCCAAAAGAGUGCAAGAUCCUGCUGACUGAGCCGCCCAUGAAUCCCAUGAAGAACCGGGAGAAGAUAACGGAGGUCAUGUUUGAGAAGUACCAGUUCCACGGCAUUUAUGUGGCGAUUCAGGCUGUGCUCACUCUCUAUGCUCAGGGAUUGCUGACUGGUGUGGUUUUGGACUCUGGGGAUGGUGUCACCCACAUCUGUCCUGUGUACGAGGGCUUUUCUUUGCCCCACCUGACACGCAGGCUGGACAUCGCAGGACGUGACAUCACACGGUACCUCAUUAAGCUCCUGCUUCUCCGUGGUUACGCCUUCAACCACACUGCUGACUUUGAGACUGUGCGUAUGCUGAAGGAGAAGCUCUGCUAUGUGGGAUACGACAUCGAGCAGGAGCAGCGCCUGGCUGAGGAGACCACCUACCUGGUGGAGUCGUUCACGCUCCCUGACGGCCGGCAGGUGAAGGUGGGUGGAGAGAGGUUCGGGGCCCCUGAAGCUCUCUUCCAGCCUCAUCUCAUCAACGUGGAGGGAGCCGGAGUGGCUGAGCUGCUUUUCAACACCAUCCAGGCUGCAGACAUGGACCUGAGGUCGGACUUCUAUAAGCACAUCGUCCUGUCCGGAGGCACCACCAUGUACCCCGGGCUUCCAUCCAGACUGGAGAGAGAGAUCAAGCAGCUCUACCUGGAGAGAGUCCUGGACGGAAACACCGCUAAACUCUCAAAGUUUAAGAUCCGCAUCGAGGACCCUCCCCGGCGUAAACACAUGGUGUUCCUGGGCGGCGCCGUGCUCGCCAACAUCAUGAAGGACAAGGAUUCCUUCUGGCUGAGCAGGGCGGAGUAUGAGGAGAAAGGUCUGGGGGUGCUGCAGAAACUUGGAGGUGGAGUCAGAUAAACAUAAGAGUUGUAAAAGUAAACAACAACAAGCAGACAUUUCAAUUUCUCAUAUCAACUUCUCACCUCUCAAAGCUGGAUGAAAAAGACGGUACUCCUUCAUUCAUGCUAGCGUGUGAUUGACCCUCUGAACGAGCAGUUUCAGGGCGUUAUUUAAAAAAAAAGUUGUGAUAAAAUUGAAUUUAUAUAUACGACAUUUCAAGUGCCCACACGUUUCAUGAAUAUAGGAAAGAAAAUUGUGUCUCCACAUGUUAUACAUAUUGAACUAUAUACAUUUUUUACAGCCUCUCCUGUCCUCUCCUCUCAGCUCUGUGUAAACAGAUUUUCAGUGAAUAUUUGUCACAUGACCGUUCGUCUCAGCAGAAUCAAUCAUGGCUUCACAGUGUCUCUGAGGAGCAGAAUUUAAUGUUUUUAACAGGAUCUAGUUAUUAUAAACACUUACUUUUUGGCAACGUUUUAAAUGAGACAUUUAGAUUAAUUCUGACAGAAAUGUGAAAAAUCACAAUUUUAAGCUUAAUUUUGGUCACGUUUUCUAAUGGAAACUUUCAUAACCUAUGAUCCGUUCAAGGACAUUAUCGUCAGAAAGUUUAAAUUACAAUGAUGAUGCUUGUUUUUACUGUUUCUUGCAACAACGAAUGGCGUUUUUUUUGGGAGAAAACAUACAGGUCAGAGGGUUAAUCAAUGAAACGACUGACAAAAUAAACAUUUUACAUGUUUGUCAUUUAUCACUUGUUUCCCUGUUUUUUAUGGUAUUAAAGUAGAUAUU